ACCAGCAAACACGGCAGCGAUCGAGACUAGACUAUUAUUUUUUUAUUAUUAUUAUUACCUACCACUCGUAUAACUCGUUGUUGUAAUAAUAGGUUGUAACCAGUGUGUGUGUGUGUGUAAUAAAAUAUAAAUCCAGUGACGACAUCAAACUCCUCGGUGCACCGUGUGAAACCACUAGCAAUUCUGUUUUGUAGCAAAACUACAUUUAAUUACAAUUUUAUUAUUUAGUUUUUUCAAUUUUUUUGAUUAUUAUUAUUUAGUUUUUAAAAUUGUUCGUUUUUACUCGAUUAAUUGUUGUAUUGUGUGUUUUGUUCUAGUUCUAGGCCGGACAACGACGACGAACGAUUGCCAAGUUGACAGUUUUGGCAAAUUCAUAUCCGUGUCCUCUCUCGUUUUUUUAUUUUAAAUAUAAUUUCGUAUAAUCCACGCAGGCUUGUAUAUACAUACAUACAUAUAUAUAGUUCACACAGCAUUUUCCAAAUUUAAUAUUGAUUUAGCACGCUGUCGAGAUAUAAUAACAAUAUAUCUCGAACACAUAUUUUGCGCACACACGUUUUCAUAAGCAUAUCAUCAUCACCGCCGCCAUAUCGUCUUCAGAAUUAACACACUCACAGAGAUUGUCGUUUUUUAGCUUUAUUAUUUUUGUUUGUUAUUUAAAGUUUUCCUUGUCUACAUGCGGUCCGUCUUGUCGCCGGACCGUUUCGCGGACGUUAAAGUCUGCGCAAUUUUUUCGAAUAUUUUAUAAUUUUUUUUUAAAAUUUUUUUUCUAUCUAGUACUUCUCUAGGUCCUUUGGUUCCUCCCGGGCGAACCAUGAACGGACACGGGGACGACGAGACCGCCGAGUACCGCAGACACAGGACCUGGUACGACCAGUGGGUCCGGGAGGCUUACACGGCGCCGGGGUGCAGGGCCAAGACGGUGUGCGCGGCCAAGUACGAGAGGAUCGUCCGGGCGGUCAGGGGCCAAUUGCGGCGGGCGGCGGACUCUUCGAAAUUCCGAUUUUGGGUCAGGUCCAAGGGUUUCCGGAUGGGAAGACCGGCGAUGGAGUUGCACAGGAACGACGGUGUGGUGGACGCGGAAAGGCUGUACGUGGUGGACACGAGGAAGAGCGGCGGCGCCCACGGCAAGAACAAGAAAACCGGCAAACAAAAGCAGCAUGUACACGACGACGCAGACCUGGACUUGUUGGACUCAGACUCGGCCGAAGACGACAUGGUCGUGCCGGCGGCGAACACUUCGGCGGUUGUCUACAAAAAGGUGGCUGUGGUCGAAGAAUUCUUUGACAUCAUAUACAGGGUGCACGUGAACAGAAACGGCGACGGUCAACGACGGCAUUCGGGCCAGAAGCGCACACAUCGCGCGAUUAUGGAAACGUACGCGUUCCUGCCCAGAGAGGCGGUCACCAAGUUCCUCAUGGGUUGCCGGCAGUGUGGCACCAGCUGCGCUCAACCUCAAUUGCCAACUCAUCCAACUCCGCCGGAUCAACUGCAACAACGGCUGCUGCUGGUGUCGCCCCAGACCACCGUACCGUCGCAACGACAGUCGGCCGAAUGGUCGUACGACCCGUCGAGUUUCACUUGUUCCACUCCGGUCAAACGUGACGCGGACGUGGACAAGGAGAACCUUGACAACUGCAACGUCGCCGUGACCACCGGUGCCGCCACUAACAAGCACAAACGCAAAAGCACCGCGCCCACCAAAAGGACCCCGACCGACUCUAGCAAGAGCAGCGCCGGCGACAGCUGCACCCAGCAAUCGUCGGCCACCGACCGCAGUGGGGGCUCCAGUAGACUCAGCGGGUUGACCGACGUGAGCAGCAUCAUCGCGGCCACGGCCGCGGCCGGCUCGCAGCCUUUGGACCUGUCCAACCACCACCAGCGUUCCCAAUCGGAGACGGAGGCGGCUCCGUCGGGCGGGGAAGGCGGCCUGGAGGGCUGGAGGGUGAACUUUUUCCGUCCCAGGCGGGUCAGGCGCAAGCGGGUGUUGUUGAAGAGGUUGCGGAGGAGGUGUGCGUCGAGGAGGCGAACGGACGGGAGCCGAGAUUCGAGUAGUACGGACAGUGAGCACGAGGAGGGGGAGAUGGAAGUGGAGGUGGAGGAAUGCCUGGGAGAACCGCCCGAAAAGAAAAUUAAAUCCGGAGAGUUAACGGACAAGCAGCUACGGACGGAGACCAACUCUUUGAACAACAACUAUUACGAUUACUGCGAGUGGUACGGCGGUGGUGGUCGGGGCGGCGGCGGCGCGGCGGAAGCGGCGGCGGCGUCGAGGACGGAGGGAGAAGCAGACGAAGAGGAGGAGGAAGCGGAGGAGGAGGAGGAGGAGACGCAAAACGGAUUGCAACGGCGACCCGGCGCGAUGGAUAAAGGAACGGCAGCAGCAGCUUUGUUACACCACAGGAGAAUGAACGGCGGCGGCGGCGGUGGUGGAGAUCUUCACCACAACCAACACCAUCGGCCCCAACCGCACCACCGGAGCGCACCCAACGGUAACGGCACGGGAUUGCUAUCGCCAUCGAACUUGUCUUUGAACCACAUGUCACCGACACAGCCGACACCGCCUCACCACUUCCAUCGCCACUGGCUGGACAGCGUCAGCAGUGCCGGUGCCGCCGGCACGCCGACCGGCCUGCCGGCCGGUAUGAUGAUGCCGCUCGGCAUGGGCGGCGAAUCGGCAUUGGACAUGGACAACGCCGUGGCGGCCGCGUAUAACCGUUUGUUGGCCGACUUGCACCGCACCAGCAGCCACGGGCUGGUGGCCGGCAGCCAUCCGGCGACGGCGGCGGCGGCCGCUCUCCUGUUCAACAACCCCGCCGCCACUUCACCCCCUCUGCCGUUGCCGCCGCAGCAUCACCAACACCAGUUGACUCACCAUCAGAUACAGCAACACAUUCAGCAUUACGCGGCGGCCGCCGCCGCAGCAGCCGCCGCCGCCGCUUCGGCGGCACCCAACGCGUCUCUGGCGGACGCGCUGGUCGGCUCGUCACCGCCGCCGCCGCUUCCGGUGGCGCCGCUCUGUCGACUGCCGUCUCCUACUGUGACCAAGUCGAGAAACGACAACAGCGGCGAAGAUAAAGCCGAAAACUUGGUCGUCGACAACCGUCAAUACAACAACGCGGCUUUGCUGGUCGAACAACAAUUGAACGUGUCGACGGAACAACAGCGUCGUGCCACACCGUCGCCAAUCACCACCAACGGCGGUGGCGGCGGCACCGCGUCGUUGGCCGCAUCUUCUGCGUUGGACUUGCAACAGAAGCAAAACUACGAAGCCGGAAUAGGAGCGGUGGACAAGUCGCCCAGGUCAGCCGGUCCGGGUCAACAACAGCAGCAACGGGACAACGAACCGACCACGACGACCAACGUUUCCGGCGGCGGCGGCGAACACGGUCAAAUGGACACGAUGGACAACGCGGACGACGACGACGACGAGGACGACGCCAACGUGACGACCGGCACCAACGAGAGCCACCAGGACAACAGCGGAGACGACGACGACACGGACGACGUGGAAACAAUGGUGAACAUGCACAACCAAGGCCAAAACCAAAACGCCGCCAACAACCAUUCGGCCACGCCAAUCGAUCCGGAACGUUUGAAGGCGUUCAACAUGUUCGUCCGGUUGUUUGUCGACGAAAACUUGGACAGGAUCGUGCCCAUAUCGAAACAGCCCAGGGACAAAAUCCAGGCCAUUAUGGACUCGUGCGCCCGUCAGUUUCCGGAAUUCGCCGAGAGGUCCCGCAAGCGCAUACGAACCUACUUGAAAUCGUGCCGUCGCAACAAGAGGAGCAUGGGCCAACCAGGCGUAGUGACCACUUCGUCCGGAGAGUCACCCAUAUCCAGUUCGUCGGCCACCAGCUGCUGGUCGUCCGCCACGGCCGUAGACAACCAACAGACCGCAACGGCUCCAACACCGCGGCCUACUCCGGCACAUCUGACCAGCGUACAAGCCGAAACCAUAUUGGCUCGGGCAUGCUCGAACGAGUCGCAAAAUGCCAAGCGCAUGCGUCUCGGCCUGGAACCGUUGGCGCAGCCUUAUCCCGUGUCCGGCAUUGGCCAUCCAAUGGUCGACCAUGGCCGCGGCACCGUGGAUUCGGGUUCCGGUUCCGGCGACGACGACGACCAAAGCGGAAACGGAGCUGCCGGAGAAGACGAUCAGCCGGUGAAAAUGGAAACCACCGAUUCGGCUGAAAACGACAAACAGGCGUCGCCGCCGCCCUCGUCCAUGGCGGUUACAGGUUUCGGGUCUCCCACGGCCAAGCCCGGGUUGGAAGUCAACGGUCAACCGAUGAGCAUCGACGGAGAUUGCGCGCCAGCCGAGAGACAAAAGCUGAAGGCUCGCCGGCACUAUCGCGGUGGCUCGCCAUUCUCGCCGAUCAACGGACCCACCGACUUGAGUAUCAAGACAAUGAUGGAAACUCCUUCGGGCAUGCCGGCUCUGCUACAGCCUCAGCCGUUGCCGCUGCAGCAACACCACCAAGCGCCCGUUCCCAGCAGCUGCACGGCCAGGAUGCUGCUGACAACCUCGCCGCCUUCCACCAUACCCACCAUGGCGGCGCUCCAGCAACAGCACCUGCUGGCCGGCACCGGCAGCGCCCUGGGCUUGUUGACCGCCCCGCCGGCGCCCACGGCCGUGCCCACGCCGACCAUCCAGCCGCACAUCAAGACCGCCGCCGGAACCCACAGCCAAUCGCAGCUGUCGCAAAAGCUCAACGCCGCCGACAUGAUGACCGUCCGGCAGCUGAUCGCCGGAUACAGGGAGUCGGCCGCUUUCCUGUUGCGGUCGGCCGACGAGCUGGAACAAUUGCUUUUCCUGCACUAGAGUUAGACAAUACAACAUGCACACACACACACACUAAGCGUUUCCCGGUAAAAAAAAAAAAAAAAAAAAAUGUUUUCAAAAAAUUGGGUCCAUCUUCAAUUACUUUUACAAUAGUCCAGUACGGUAUACAAUUAUUACACAAUUCAUCAUUUUAUUACGAUUACUAUUAUUAUUAUUCUACGUCGGCUGUAUAACGUAUUGUACUUUAAAUGUAAUGUAUACAAAAGAAGUUUUUAAUUCAAAACAUAACUGUAACAAUUAUUACUAUUAUUAUUAUUAUUAUCACUACUAUUAGAACAAA